CCUCAUUUCCAACUGAUAACAUUUAAAUAUCAGGACAAUAAUUAUUGCUUAUAACAAUGAUGCUUUUAUAAUAAAUUUCACCCAUGCGUAUAUUUAACAAUAUUUCUUUCAUUAUAUCAAACAGUUGGUAUUAUAUUUAUAUUGACCUUGUUCUAUGCCUCUGGGUAUAUACUUAGAUGUUGUAAGGCUUUCACGGCAUUAAUUUCAGAGUUUUUAAUCAUGUCUAUGAACGAAGUCGAAAUUCUCUAUUCGCCAAGCAAAUGGUCGAAAAGAUAUUCACCUGAAACCAUAUGUCAAAUACACACUAGUUUAAUUCAAAAAGCCAGUGAAAAGAUAAGAAGUAGCAUUCCUUGUGCGUUAAAUAUUGCUUAUGGUGAAAAUCCCAGAGAUAAAUUUGAUAUAAUAGGCACAAACUUAAAGGGAACUCCUAUAUUGAUUUUUGUGCAUGGUGGUUACUGGCAAGAAGCUGCGCUCACACACGACAUACAAUCAUUUGUCGCGGAGCAAUUUUAUAAAAAUAAUAUACAAACUAUCUGUAUUGGAUAUGAGCUGUGUCCACAAGUUACUCUACCUCAAUUAAUAUCGAACAUUCAAAAAGCCGUAACUAAAUGUCUCGAAUAUGCAAAGGAGAAUAAUUCUAGUGGAAUUCACUUGGCCGGACAUUCUGCUGGGGCCCAUUUAGUAAUAUCUUUGUUUGCGGACUACAUCAAAACUUUACCUAUAGAUGAUCAAAAGCUAUUCAAAUCUUCAUUUCUCCUUGCCGGUGUGUACGAUCUAGUUCCACUGUUGCAAACUAGUUAUAAUGAACCUCUAAAAUUGGAUGAAACCACUGCUAAAGCAACGAGCCCCAUGUUUCAUGAUUUGUAUUUGUGUGAUACAAAAUUUCACGUUGUUGCAGCUGAGAAUGAUAGUCCGGCUUUUGUUAAACAGUCAGAGGAUUUGCAUAAGAAACUGGUAGAUUUAGGUUUUACAACAAAGUACCAUUUAGUUCGGGUCGUGGAUCAUUUUGAUCUGGUUGAAAAUCUUAGAAAUGAAGGUUUUGAAUUAACGAAGAUUAUGUUGGAUGCUAUUAGAGAAUAAACGGAUAAAAUAAAUAAUUAAAUAAUUUCUA